AUGGGAUCCGGAGGCAGCAAAUGUACCCCUUUGCAGUGUUUUUUGAAUAAUUGGAAAGCAGCCACGAAGAAUGACGAUUGGGGCUUUAAACUGAAAAGGGAGCGCCUUAGAACACUCUGUGAAGUGGAUUGGCCCACCCAAGGAACAAAUUGGCCCUCAGAGGGGACCUUUGACUUGCAAUUGAUAAACCCCUUGUGGCGGAACAUAGUCAAUGUCCAUCCAGACCAAAUCCCUUAUAUCUCCACUUGGAAAAAGAAUGUGGAAGAGAACCCCCCCUGGUUGACAGAUUGUCGUGCAGCCUUUGGACAAGGAGCCAGGGUGUGUGCCGUGACAAAGCCAAAGCCCCCAGUCUUGCAGGACCCUGAAGGAGAGGGAGAGGAAGCUUUAAGACCCCCUCCCCCGUAUGUCCCACCAACCGCACCCCCAGUGCCAGCCGAUCUGGUCUCAGGUCUCCCUGGACCGGCCCCGCAGCCUGAGGAAGAAGCAGGGGGGGGGGAGCCCGAGAAACAUGAAAGUGCAGAUGAUGAGGAAGAAGAUGUGGAGAAGUUCAGAGAGAAGCUGGAAAAACAAGUAAAGCAAGGAGAGAAAUGGGCAGAGAAAGAUGACGAGAGGGUGAGAAGGGAGAUUGGACCAUGGAAGAACGAGGUAGAUGUGGCACUACACCUAUUGGAUGCAGCCACAUGUAGGCCAAGACAGACAAAGAAGAAACAGAAACAUUUAAUGAAGGCAUGGGAGGGAGCCAAAAGGCACGAAGCAAGGAAAGAGGAAGAGGAGUCAGCAGCGAAAAUAGCCCCUCUGCGCCGAGUAUAUGACCCCCCAGGGCCCCCGGGACCAGGUGGGGCAGCAGCAGCACGGACCUACACGGUCCAGCAUAUACCCUUUUCAAGUGCAGAUGUUUGUAAUUGGAGGAACCAGAAUCCCUCCUUUGAGGAAAACCCAGCAAAGAUUAUAAAAUUGUUUGAAGGGAUUUUCAAAACCUACAAUCCCACUUUUGAUGAUGUGCAGUAUCUGAUGGAUGCACUAUUAACUACAGAAGAGACCAGGCGAAUACACGCCGAGGCACGGGCUCAUAUGAGAGCAGAACAAGUGGCGGAAGCCAACAUUCCAAAUAUUUACCCCGAAAAUACACCAAAUUGGGAUUAUCAAACAAAUGAUGGCCAAAACACCCUCACUACCUAUCGCCAGUACGUGUUAAAUGGUAUGAGAAGGGCAGCCAGGAAACCCACUAACUUUGUGAAGGUCAGAGAGGUAGUGCAGGGGAAUGAAGAGGCCCCAGGAGCAUAUUUAGAACGCCUGAAGGAAGCUUACCGCCAGUAUACUCCUGUGGACCCAGAUGAGGCUGCCAACGCCCCUAUCAUAAAAGCUGCCUUUGUAGCUCAGGCGGCGGCCGAUGUCCGCCGAAAAAUCCAGAAACACGAGGGGUUCAUGGGGCACCCCCUUGAGUGGAUGUUGGAAAUAGCUCAGACCACUUACAACCUAAGGGAAGAGGAGGCCCAAAAGAAAAAGGAGAAGUAUCAGGCUAAAAAGCUGAUGGCGCUGCAGAGCACCACACCCAUUCCCCAAGAAAGAGGAAGUGCCCGGGGAGGAGGGCCAGGCCGCCUGGGGAGGAACCAGUGCGCCAUCUGCCGGCAGGAAGGGCACUGGAAAAGAGAAUGCCCACAGGCUCACUCAGGGGGAAGAGGACGAGGAGUACGAGGAGGACGAGUCCCAGGCUCCAUUCCCGACAGACCGGGCCCAGCUGAUUUAGGUUCCCGUGAGCCCAUGGUCAAACUACAAACAGGGAACCGAACCAUCCCCUUCAUGGUUGAUACAGGAGCUGCCCACUCUGUUUUGCCUGUACCAGUGUCCAAGCCCACCAAGCAAACGGUUAACAUAAUAGGAGCUACAGGCAAAUCACAAAGGGCCCCAUUCCUACAAUCUGUUGUCUGUCGCCUGGGUGGCCAAGUGGUCCAACACAAGUUUUUGUACAUACCAGAGUGCCCCAUCCCAUUAUUGGGCCGAGACCUGCUUUCAAAAUUGCAAGCCCAGAUCUCCUUCCAACCGACAGGCGAAGUAACAAUGACCACAGGGCCAGCAGGAGAGUUUUCCCUAGAGGUACCCUUGAGGGAACACUGGCGCUUGAUGGUGGUAAAAGAAGAGGAGGGACCCAUCCCCGCCAGUAUUCUGGAACAAGUGAACCCUGCGGUAUGGGCUGAAGGCAAUCCUCCAGGAAUGGCGAGGAACAUCCCACCUAUAAUAGUCAAGCCCAAGCCAUUUGCCAACCCGGUGGCUGUGAACCAAUACCCUAUCCCUCGGCGAGCUGCGGAAGGAGUAUGGGUACAUUUAGAACGGUUACUUCGCCAUGGCAUCUUGAGGCAGUGUCAAUCUCAAUGGAAUACCCCACUCUUGCCAGUAAAGAAGGAAGAUGGCGGAUAUCGUCCGGUCCAAGACCUUCGAUUGGUUAACCAAGCCGUGGAAACCCUCCACCCCAAUGUGCCCAAUCCUUACACGCUGUUGAGUUUAAUACCUCCCACCGCAUGUUAUUUCACCGUAUUGGACUUGAAGGAUGCAUUCUUCUGCUGCCGCCUAGCGGAAGAAAGUCAGCCCCUGUUUGCCUUUCAAUGGACAGAUCCAGGAACAGGCACUAGGGUGCAAUAUACGUGGACAAGACUCCCGCAAGGCUUCAAGAAUUCACCAACCCUUUUUGGGGUUGCAUUGGCCUCGGACCUAUCCAGCUUCCCCACCAGCCCACACAGAAUUCUGAUGCAAUACGUAGAUGAUCUUCUUUUGGCUUGUUCAGACGAGCACACGUGUAUGAAAGCCACCAAGGACUUGUUAAAUCACCUGGCUGAAGCAGGAUACCGAGUAUCUAAGAAAAAGGCCCAAAUAUGUCAGCCCACUGUGAAAUACCUUGGAUUUGAUAUAUCCCAUCAGCGGCGAGCCCUGAGGGAAGAAAGGAAGCAAGCUAUUAUCCAGAUUCCAGAGCCAAAGAACCGCCGGGAACUCCGUGGCUUUCUGGGAUCGGCAGGAUUCUGCAGAAUAUGGAUACCAGAUUACAGCACAAUUGCCAAGCCUCUGCAUGAAUCGACCAGAGGAACUGAAAAGGACCCCUUUGUGUGGGGAGAAGAACAACAGCAGGCCUUUAAGAACCUAAAAAGGGCAUUACAGCAGGCACCAGCGCUAGGCAUUCCAAAUCCUGAGAAGCCUUUCUCCCUGUUUGUGGAUGAGGACCAGGGAACAGCAAAGGGAGUGUUAUGCCAGAAAUUGGGAAGCUGGCAGCAGCCCGUGGCAUACCUAUCUGAGCGCCUGACGCCUACUGAACAAGGUUUACCGCCCUGCAUGAGAGCAGUUGUGGCAGUAGCCACUUUAUUGAACAAAGCAGACAAAUUCACCUUUGGCCAAGACACUGUUUGUGUGACCCCGCAUGCAGUCCCAGCUCUGCUUGACAUGAAGGGUACCUAUUUCCUCUCCCAAGCGAAGAUGAGAAAGUGUCAGAUGUUAUUGCUGCAUCCGCGUUUGAAGUUCCAGGUCACCACCGCCCUCAACCCAGCUACCCUGUUGCCGGUAGGAGAAGGUGAGGAGCCACCACACGAUUGCAUUGAGGUUAUGGACGAAGUGUAUUCUAGCAGGCCUGACCUCAAAGAUGAAGCAAGCCCUCACUGGCCUUCAUGGUUUGUGGAUGGAAGCAGCUUUGUUGAGGCUGGACAACGAAAAGCAGGCUAUGCAGUGGUAGCCCUGGAAGACCAGGUGAUCGAGGCAAAGGCACUCCCACCUGGAACAUCGGCCCAGCUAGCAGAGCUAGUUGCACUCACCAGAGCCCUGAACCUGGCAAAGGGACAGAAGAUAAACAUUUAUACUGACUCUAAGUAUGCAUUUCUGACUUUACAUGCCCAUGGAGCCUUGUGGAAGGAAAGAGGUUUGCUUACCUCCAGAGGAAAUCAGAUGGCCCACCCACAAGCCUUAUUGGACCUCCUGGAUGCAGUAUGGGAACCUGAGGCAGUAGCAGUUAUCCAUUGUUAUGGACACAAAACUGGACCAGGGGAAGUGGCCAGAGGAAAUCGACUAGCAGACAGAGUGGCCAAGGAAGCAGCCCGGGAACCAGCUCCCGCAUCGUGGACCCACGAACGCACCCCGUGUGUUCUGACUGAACCCUUGCACCAGUUCGAGCCGGGUGACGAAGUGUGGAUCAAAGACUGGGCCCAGACACCUCUACAACCGUGUUGGAAGGGUCCUCACACUGUCCUGCUGUCCACACCCACUGCUGUAAAAGUCACUGGCAUCACCCCGUGGGUCCACCACACCCGAGUGAAGAGAGUUGUGUCUGACUGGUCAGCUACGCCAAAUCCUACGAAUCCACUGAAGCUGACCAUCUCCAGGAGACCGCCAGACGACCGCCCUGCUGGUGUCACUCCGGACGCUGACACUUCUACGCACGGCUGA